GCACAUAUUUCCAUAUUCGGCGAGGAAUGCGAAUCGAUGAAAGCGUCCUCCGCUUGGGAGGUGGGAGUGUUGUCUUGGCACUGCCCAUCCAAUAUAUGUAGCACUCUGAAUACGUUUUCUAAUAAGGUAGAAAUUCGUGGUGUUGUUGAUUUUUGUUGUGGGGAACAAUCUCAAAAUGACCGAAUUCAAUCCGGAAUUCCGUGGUUACCGAUCGCCGCUGAGUACUCGAUAUGCAAGCAAGGAGAUGCAAUACUUAUUCAGUGAACAGAAUAAAUUUUCCACGUGGCGUAAGUUGUGGAUUAUUCUCGCCAAAGCGCAGAAGGAAUUAGGCCUUGACAUUAACGAUGGCCAAAUCGCCGAGAUGGAGGCGCACAUCGAGGACAUCGAUUUCAAAGCAGCGGCUGAGGAAGAAAUGCUAACGCGUCACGAUGUGAUGGCCCAUGUGCACGUAUUCGCCAAGCAGUGUCCGCUGGCCGCACCGAUAAUUCACCUAGGUGCGACAUCCUGCUAUGUUGGUGAUAACACCGAUUUGUUGAUUCUCAAGGGUGGUUUGGAGCUGUUGCUUCCAAAGCUGGUGGGUGUCAUUAAGCGAUUGUCGGAGUUUGCUGUAGAGUACAGGGAUCUGCCGACGCUGGGGUUCACCCAUUUGCAGCCAGCUCAGCUGACAACGGUUGGAAAGCGUUGCACUCUUUGGGUACAAGAUUUGCUGAUGGAUGAGCGUGCGCUGAGGAACUGCAGGGAUAAUCUGCGCUUCCGGGGGGUGAAGGGAACAACCGGUACACAGGCGUCAUUCCUGCAGUUGUUCGCAGGCGAUGGCGAAAAGGUAAAGCAGCUGGAUAAGAAAGUUACCAAUCUGGCCGGAUUCGAGCGGUACUAUGCCGUCACGGGACAAACUUAUUCGAGGAAAGUCGAUUUGGAGAUUGUUUCUGCCCUGUCCAGCCUAGGGGCGACGAUCCAUAAAAUGUGCUCGGAUCUGCGUUUGUUGGCGUCGCGUAAAGAGGUUGAGGAACCUUUCGAGCAGACUCAGAUCGGUAGUUCCGCUAUGGCCUACAAACGCAACCCCAUGCGUUCGGAGCGCUGCUGCGCGCUCUCGAGACAUCUAAUUACGCUGCAUGCUAGCGCUGCCAACACGUUGGCUGUUCAGUGGCUGGAGCGAACGCUGGACGAUUCGGCAAACCGUCGUCUAACCUUAUCCGAGUCAUUCCUGUCGGCCGAUGCUUGUCUGCUGACAUUGCUGAAUAUUUCUCAGGGGCUGGUGGUUUACCCGAAGGUGAUAGAGCGCAACGUUAGCCAGGAGCUGCCGUUCAUGUCAACCGAAAACGUGAUUAUGGCGAUGGUAAAGGCUGGUGGUGAUCGGCAGGUUUGUCACGAGAAGAUUCGAGUACUGUCUCAUGAGGCAGGUGCACAGGUUAAGCAGCAUGGCAAGGAUAACGACUUAGUGGAUCGCAUCAAGGCUGAUGCAUACUUUGCGCCGAUUUUGGCUGAUUUGGAUACGAUUUUGGAUCCAAAAACUUUCACAGGACGGGCGGCCGAUCAGGUGUUGGAAUUUGUUCGGGAGGAAGUCGAUCCGGUGCUGACGAACUACGGUAGCAACAUUGAGACCAAGUCUGUUGGGUUGGCUAUCUAGGGGUUUCCGGAGCUGCUUGAUAAUAUAGAGUCUGUUAAAAAUAAAUGUUUCAAAAGAUUAA